GAGAUGAAGGAACAGCAUGCUUCAACAACACGCAACUGUUUCGUUGUCCCUGAGUGCUCACAAGCACAUUCAGUGCACCUCCAUUCUCAGUCACAUGAGAAAAAGGAUGUUGCUUCACCUACAGGCUCCUUCCAACCCCAUAGCUUAGUACACAAGGUGGAUGUGUUGAAGGAUGAGGGAAUGAAUGCUUCCUUUACAAUGUCCAAAAUGAGCUAUGUCUAAAAACCGCCACAUCAUGUGGGAGUUGUAUCAGCAUGUGCCAUUAAGAACAUGCUGGCUAUAGCUCCCCAAAAUAAACUCAUUGUUUGCAAUGAGCAUUUAACAUAUGACAUCUAUUUUGGCCAGUCUCAUAGGGGACUGAUUGCAGUUGAUCUAAAUGAAAGGUACAAGUAUAGAAGCCUUCUUGCUGCACCCCGCAUUGUAAAUUCCUAAGAACAACCUGAAAAUCAGUAUAUUGAAGAAUGGAGAAAAAAUAUUUCUGACUCCCUGCCGAUAAGGUUGUCACCAGCUGUUCAAAAGUUGAUGAACUUCCUAUUUUGAGAUCAGCUCUUGCCCAUCCCUCUACACUAUCCAGAACAGGGAUCGGGCUGUUUGCUUCCUGCCCGUAGACCCUGUCUUCCUAAACACUAGCCACCACAAAGGCAAGACACACUGCCUAUCGAUCUAAGCAGCCCACACCAGGCAGGGGUGCCUCUCUUGGAGACUAUAGCCUGGUGGUUUGUAGCUGGGGAAGUGGUAGGGCUGGGGCUAGAGGCUUUCAUUCAGGCUUCCUGAAAAACUGGACCAACACAUAACACAUCCCAGAUAACUUCCAGAGGUCUAGCAACAAAGGCUCAGAGAGCUGGAGGGCUAGCUGCCUCAUUCACUGGUAUUGAAGGCUGAUCUGAUACUACCUGCAAGAAUCCACUCAAUGAUAUUUCCAAGUAUCCAGCAUUCAGUCUGAACAUUCAGAUGCACAAGAUGCUGAUGUGGGUCUCAUGCUGAAUGCAUUCCCAACUCAGCUUCCAGUAGGAUGGCAGUCCUUUUGUGCUGGAUGAGACUGCUUCCUCUGCUUGUCCUGCUCACAUGCUUCCCUGAGCUCAACUUUGUCCUCAUCACAGAUGAAGAAGUUGCUUUAUUGGCUGAAGCAGCUCAGAACAUCUCCUGUUUUUCUCGAACGUUUGAGGAUCUCACCUGUUUCUGGGAUGAACCAGCAAACAUGAAAAGGACAUAUCAUUUCUUCUAUGCACAUGAAAGCGAUCAGAAAAAAGAGUGCACACUGACAUCAGUUGAACUUGAUGAUGGAGGCUUGCGCCAUUCCUGCAACUUUUCCUGUGAUCACGAUGGCAUCCAGCUCUUCAGAGAACUCAACAUUGAAGUCAUAGAGGCCAUGAGCAAUCAUACCACUCGGACCCAGAAGCUCUUUGUAGAGACUGUUGGUCUCAUUGAUCCACCAACAAAUGUAACAGCUGAAUGGCUUGGGGUGGUACAGCAAUUGCGUGUGAUGUGGAAUCCCCCACCAACAGUAGAUGAAGGGUUUUUGUCUUAUGAGGUUCUUUACCAUGUUGAAGGAUUGGAGAACCGACCAACAAGGGUUGAAGUGACGAACAUUAACACAUGUUACCUCCAGGAUCUGUUUCAUGGGCAGCAGUACCACAUCAGAGUUCGUACCAAGCCUGAUGGUGUCUCUCUUGAUGGGUACUGGGGACGUUGGUCUCCAGAAGUGUUAGCAGAGAUACCUUAUUUCUCUGGGUCAACCAUCCUCAACAUAGGAGUUGUCCUGUUGUUCUGUACAGGACUUUUGCUGGGCGUAGUCUGCAUCGGGCUACCCAUUUACAGCACAGUGAAACAAAAGAUUUGGCCACCUAUACCAGACCUCCAUCAUGUACUAAAUAGAUUCCUUGAGGACAAUGGCAAACAGCAGCAGGUGAAUUCUUUAUUUUGCCACAAAACUUUGGAAGAUACACCUUUGACUUGCAUGCUGGAAGUGUUAUCUGAGAGGCCUGUAGAAACACAAAGUGAUGGCCCUCUUCUUGAGAGCAUUUCAGGGGAGACGGAAUGGGAUAGCCCAGAUUCUUCCUGCCAGCACUACAUGGUGUUACGUCCCCAAGGUAGCCAUUAUGAAAAUGAGUAUUUUGAUGGCACAGGUGAUGGCCCUGACACACUCCCACUGUCCUUGGACCAGGAUCCACACAUAAUUUCAGAGCUAAAGAUCCAACUAAGCCCCUUCACCUUAUUAAGCACCCACCUUGGGUCACCUGGAAUAAAAGAAGAACAAAGUUGGGAAGCUUCUGAGGACCAGUCUGCGUCUGCCACACACAUAUCAAAUCAGUCUUAUCUACUGAUGGCCUGAAUAGGGUUUAUUGAAAGGUAGCAGCAAGGGAGAUAAUUAGGUUGUGGAGGUCUGCAGCAAAAUAGCAGCAAUUGAAAACUGUUUGCCAAACAUUAUCAUUUUGAGGCUUUCUAAGCAUCUGAUUGCAUGAAUUACUGAAUGAAAAUUGAAUGGGAGUCUUUUUCCAUAGCUAUGUACACGUAGCUCUUGGUAACUAAAGCCCCUUCUACACUACCAUAUAAUCCAGAUUAUCAAAUCAGAUAAUGCAGAUUAUUUGUUUUGAACUGGAUUAUAUGAGUUUCCACUGUCAUCUAAUCCAUUUAAAAGCAGAUAAUCUGGAUGUUAUAUGGCAGUGUAGAAGAGGCCUAAGGUCUAUCAAAGCUCUCCAAAGGCAGCAUAAUACCUGGGAAACUGUACUAUGCUGAAUUACCUAUACCCAUGCAGCAAGACCAUUAUAGCUUUUCCCAAUACAGCAGACAUUAGUAUGAGAUAUUUUAAGCACGAUGUGAUGAAAAGGCUCAUGAACAGCAACAAAUUACCUUACUAUUAGAUCAUAUCCAGAGGCACAGCCACAUGAAAAAUAUAGGUUGUGAGCACAACACAAUUAGCUCUUUUAUGUGUAAUUACAUAGUCUUAGUGUUGUCGACCGCAUUUUAGGGGAUCGGGCCCUUAAGGAGAGACCCGACCCGGUCCUGAGAGAAUGGACCUUGGCGGAGCCAAUAGGAAAAUAUGAGCCGUAAUACAACCUGAAGCCGAAAUGAAGAAGGUCCGCCAAAGUUGAAGGAAAAUCCGCCAAGGAGUCUUUAUUGAGCAAUUCAGCUAAAGAGGACUCUAGUAGUGCUCAUUCAGUCUACUAGGGUACCAUAUAAUCAAAAUAAAGCCAUAUUUAUACAAAG